GUCGACGAGUCCACCACGCUCUUCUACAACAUGGGCGCGAGACACGUCGAGGCCUGCGUGGUCCGCUACCGCGGCGCCACGCACGCCGGGAAGCCCACCGUCUCGGUGCGCGUGCUCGGCUGCGGGGCCUCCGCCGCCCUCGGCGGCCACCAGGUAGAUCUGGUCAUCGCCGAGAAGAUGCUCGCCGCUUUCCAGGCGAAGCACCCGCAGCUGGCCGAAGGCAUCGCUUCCUCCUUGCGCCCGCUCAAGAAGCUUGAGAAAGAGGCCGCCAGCCUGAAGCACGUGCUGAGCGCGAACAAGGAGGCACGGUUCGGGGUCGAGUCGCUCUACGAGGACACCGAUUUCGCGAGCCCGGUGUCCCGAGAGACCCUGGAGGGCUGGACGCAGGACAUGCUCUCCGCCUUCAGCGGGCCCAUCGAGGUGGCCUUAAGCAAGGCGAACACGACGUUGGAGGCCGUGGACUCCGUGGAGAUGGUCGGCGGGGGUUGGCGCAUUCCUCGCGUGCAGGCUCUGGUCUCGGAGUACCUCCAGGCCAGCCGGCCUGGCCUGCCCGCGCUGAACCUCAGCCAGCACGUCAACGGCGACGAGGCGAUGGCGACAGGAGCGGCCUACUACGGUGCCAACCACUCGGCGCAGUUCCGGACGAAGAAGCUCUUCUUCACGGAUGUCCAGCAUUGGGAGGCCAAUGUGGAAAAGGAUCUGCAGCGGCUCACGAAGACCAAGGAGCAAGUCGUGGAGUUCGAGAAGGCGCAGCGCGAAUCCAGGACUCGGAUCGCCUCCGCCGGCUCUGAGUACAAAGACGCCCUGUCCAACCUACAGGCGGAGAAGGCGGUCGAGGACGCGGCGGCUGCACCAUCUCAUGAUGUUUAUGUCAAGCUCGGUGGCCUUGUGUCCAACGAGGUCAGAAUCGGUUCAUUCAUUGAUUGCGACGACCUCUUCGAGGACCUGGCAGCGGCCGAGGUGGACAUCGAAAAGGCUGACAAGUUCGAGUUCGAGAAUCGUUGUUCCGCCCUGGUGGCAGGUAUUCAGGAGCUCGUGCAGAAGCUCUUCCAGCAGGUGGUCGAUUCUGGCAGGGAGGCCCGCGCUGCUCAUGAGGCCCACCGUGACAGGAUGGCGGCCAAGAAACGCCGCACCUGA